GUGCGAAGGCGCCAAGGCAGCCAAGGCAGUUCGCGCGCAAAAUGUGUGGAGUCAGCUGACGGCGGUGUGAUUUUAGGCUUCUACUUGCGGUGCUCUAACUCUUAGAAAGUGCCUCUAUUUACGUUCGUCAGGAAACAUAGGCUUUUCGCAUCUUGCAAGGGGAAUCGUGUUUGUAACAACCACGACACGCUUGUAAGGGAUCUCCCGUCGUUAUUUCGGUUCACUCUCAAGUGACGAUCGAGGGCUGCCGGCAUGCCUUCCACCCAGUCCGUUCUUCAGCUUCCUGUGCGCAAGUCAGCACGCUGCGCUGCCAAAGUUAAACAAAGCAGUAAGUCGCCUAGCAACUGUAAAAAAGCCCUUUUCGAUGAGAACAAUACGCGCCAUAUUCACCGAGUUAGCAAGAGGUUAUUCUCCGCUGAGGAUGCAUCUGCUUCUUCGUCCGAUGGUGACGGGUCGCAUCAUUCUCCAACGUCACAGUCACCGAAGAAAGCGAAGGAGAUACCCAGCCAUGAAAAUAUGGUUUCCCUCUGUCUGUCCACGCCCGAUACUUCGUUGUACCAAAAGGCAAAGCAGAACUUAACGUCGCAGUCAAGCGUCCGCGUUGUCGGUCGUCAGAGAGAGAUGGAGACAAUGAAGGAAUUCCUGCAUUCUCAUUUGCGCGCGGGCACCUCCGGCAGCCUCUAUGUUUCCGGCGCACCCGGCACUGGCAAAACUGCUUGUCUCUCACAAAUACUCGAAUCAUCAAAAAAUCUCUUCAAAUUCCAGUAUGUGUUUGUCAACUGUAUGACACUUCAAAGCAGCUCUGCUAUUUACCAGAAAAUUAUUUCCGGUCUGGACUUGUCACCAGCCUGUAGCAGCCACCUUGAGACAAUACGCAGAAGACUCACCACCAAGGGCCAUCCUAUGAUAAUUGUGAUGGAUGAAAUUGACCAACUCGACAGCAAGAACCAGACAGUGCUGUACUCACUUUUCGAGCUUCCACAACUAAAGAAUUCUCGGGCUACAAUUUUUGGAAUCGCCAAUGCCCUCGAUCUGACGGAUCGUGUGCUGCCCCAUCUGCAAGCAUAUGGUUGCAGACCGACACUGCUUCAUUUUGCACCAUAUUCCAUAGAUGAAAUAGUGGCCAUACUCAUGGAUCGUCUUAAUGAGUGUCAUGCAGUCAUACAGCCUCAAGCCAUUCAGUUCUGUGCGCGGAAAAUUGCUGCUUGCACAGGAGAUGUCAGGAAGGCACUGGAUAUAUGCAGGCGAGCUGUUGAAAUUGUAGAACGUUCCGCCAAGACUCAACAGGUUCUAGUUCCACGGCCCGAACAUGGUUAUAAUCUCGGCUCUCCCAAGAAGGCACCUCUCAAAGUGGUCAACAUGGCCCACAUCUCUUCUGUCCUGGCAGAUGUGUUUGGGUCCUCGGCAAUGGGCAGCAAGGACCUCAAUGCUACGUUGCCAUUGCAGCAGAAGCUUUUGCUAUGCACACUGGUGGCACUGCUUAAAGUCAAGAAGUUGCGAGAUGUUCUUCUUGGAAAGCUUCAAGAAGCUUACAUGCGCAUCUGCCAGAGACAUCAAUGCUCUACUGACCAGUCGGACUUCCAAUCCCUGAGCACCCUGCUAGAGUCAAGGGGCCUGAUCACUGUCAAGAGGCACAAGGAGCUCAGACUGAGCAAGGUGAGCCUUAGGGUGGAUGAGAAAGAAGUAGAGUAUGUCCUUCAAGACAAAGCUCUUCUAGCAGCAUGCCUCAACGACAGUGCCAUUCUGUGAAGACUGUUAGGUGUCAUCAGAACUAUUGUGCGAUUGUUUUACCUGUGUUCAACCCUGCAUGCCUUGCAUGUUUGCAAAUGUCUUUCUAUUGUAGCACAUUAGUGGCAGCUGGAAAAAACUGUCAUCAAUUGCUGUUGUCUCUCAAUGUCAUGUUACAAUAGUUUUUCUACAAGUACACAGUCACUCAUAAUGUUAUCAUGUGCACUCAUAUUCAUUUGAAAUCGAAACAAUAAAAUUUUACUCACCUAUGGCAGUAUGAAAA